GACAGUGUGUACAACUAGUUGACACAAUAAAGCAAUUUAAAUUUCAGUAACGGAAGUCAAUGUUGAAAUAUUGAUUAUAAUUGAGUUAUAUUAGUGAUGGAUUAAUAAAAAAGUGAGAGUUGGAAUAAGUGAUGGAAAUGAAAUCGUAGAAAGGUUUAUAACGAAAUGGGAAAGUUAAACAAACUUGAAAUUCAAUUUGACAAUUCCAAAAUGGUGUGCUAUUCGGGUGAAACUCUUAAAGGAACUGUACUAAUUGAUUUGAACGGUAACUUAAAAAUUAAAGGAAUACGGCUUCGUUUCCAUGGUUACGCCAGUGUUCACUGGGUUGAACGAUACUCAUCAGGAACAGGAAAAAAUAAACGUACAGUAGCGAAACACUUUGAUGCGGUUGAACAGUAUUUUGACCAUUCAGCAUACGUUUUUGGUGCUAAUAAAGCAGAAACCCAUUAUCUUCCACAAGGUGUACACAAAUUUCCGUUUGAAUUCUUUGUACCAACUGGAUGUCCAACUACAUACGAGGGAUCCAUAGGGCGUGUUCGGACAUACGUCUCUGCUACCCUAGAGAAGCUAUGGGUAGCUGAUAUAUCGACCUUGAAACCUUUCACUGUCAUAAAUCCUCUGGAUUUGAACAAAGAUCCUCGCGCUAAGGAAAAAUCCGAGGCCAUCAACGAAGCAACAUUUUGUUGCUUAUGUUGUAAGUCAGAUCCAAUUAGUGUAAAAAUCUCUGUUGAUAACAUAGGAUUUGUUCCGGGUCAAGCUAUUCCUAUAACUACCAAAGUAUUAAAUCUGAGUCGGAGAAAGAUUUCCGUCAUUAAAGCAUACUUGCACAUGAAUGUUCGAUAUCAUUCCCAGAAAAAGUCAAAGACACACCAGAAUGUGAUAGCGCAUAUGAAAAGAAAUGUAUCAAAGUCUAUUGACGCUGAUGUCCUCGAAGAUAAGAUACUGAUACCGUCCAUCCCGCCUUCUUUUCUUAAUGGCUGUAAUAUAAUUGAUAUUUCCUACAUUCUAGAAGUUAUAAUACAACCAUCAGGAUUAUCCUUUGAUAUACCUGUUAGAAUGGAACUAAUAGUUGGGACAUAUCCAAUGGAAUCGAGCAUUCGAUCAUUAACUCAGUCAACCAUUAUGUCGUCUAGUCCUAAUUUGACAAACGGAGAAAAACACACGAAGAAAAAUGAAGUUAAAAAUGGUUUAAUUGUAUCUGCAAAUCCCAAAAGCUGCAUGUCUUUUAUGGAGAGUGUUAUUGGAAAAGUGACUAUUGAAGACGAAGAAGAAUCAGAUAAUAUAGAAGAUAAAAUAGUUUACACACCAGUUUAUCCUUAUCUUAGUGUUCAACAGAAUACGGACUUAUUCUGCGUUGAUUUACCCCCACGAUGAUGGAAUGCUACAUAUAAUCCGUGCAUUAUUGUUACAAAUUAUGGAAAGGAAAUGGUUUCUUUUUACAAGGAAAGAUAAAGAACCGUUAGUACAAUUUGAGAAAUUAUAGUAUUAUUUGUAAUCGGUAUUCCAUCUUUUAUAUUACUAUACUGGAGAUGUGUCGUUCCUAUUCGAUUGUCAGUCACCAUACGAACCAGUUGGUAGUGUAACAGUACCGUAUUAAGUUUAUAAUCACUUUUAAUUUUUUUGCAGACUAACAAAGAUACUUAAGCUGAUAAACCAUAUUUGUUUGGCUGUUUCGUACUUUAUUUGGACUUUUUCAAUUUUUUAUUGAAGCGUCACUGAUGAGGCUAUUGUAGAUGAAACGCACGUCUGGCGUGCACAAUUUUAAUCCUGUUUUGAUAAGUUUAUUAACAUUUGAUCCUUUUCAUUUAAAUUUUCAUUAAGUAUUUAUAUCUUUUUGCCUAACAAAAUUUGAUUUCACGCAUACCUGAUGUUGAAAGAAUGCGUUAAAAUGUACGCCGUACGUUUAUAUUGGCUCUAGGAUCGUGAGCAGAAUACAAUUUCCUGAAAGGUUUAAAAAACCCCAUUAAUAACGGAAUUUUCAAAAUGAGUCGCACAAUUUUAAUAUGUGUUAUACGUCUAUCCGUCCUAAAAUGAAGCAUAUGGAAUAUACCACUGUUUAAGCUAUUUAUAGAGGGUAUAAAUGCAUUUGUUAAAAUAUUCACUGAAUAAUAUUGUAGAUCAUUGAUUUAAAAAUUUAAAUGGGUGACAUUUAGUUAUGAACAAUUGUACACCUUUUGAUCAUUGUUAUGACCUAUAUAUAUAUUAAUUUAAUUAUAUUCAUCAUUUUUAAA